GCAAAACGGUGGAAAUUAGAACCUUCGAGCAGGUUGCUCCUUCGGCUGCUGGCCCGAAGAUCACACGCAUGUACGUCAACAAAUGGGCCACAAAUGUGGCUGCAGUCUUUCUCCAGAUCUGCGGUGGUUUGUGCUACACCUUCAGCUUGUACUCACCAGCGCUCAAGGAGGCGUUUGGGUUCACACAGCCCCAGCUGGAGACUCUUGGCUCAUGCCUUGUGAGCGGCGGUUAUUUUUCUUGGAUUCCCGGUCUCACUUAUGAUUACUUGAGGCACCACCAUAAGUUUGGGCCCAGGCUCAUUGCUGCAUGGGGCUGCUUGAAUCACUUUGUCGGAUUCUUCAUGGUGUGGGCUGCAGCGAAGGGCUAUGUGUCUCUCCCCUACUGGGUCCUGGCAGCAUUUGCCCUCUUAGGCUCGAGCGCUGUGGUCUUUCUUGACUCUGCAGCGAUCGUGACAUGCAUGCGGAAUUUCCCCAACGAACGUGGCAAUGUUGGCGGUACUCUGAAGUCUUUCUUGGGGGUCAGUGCCAGCCUAGCAUCUAGCAUCUAUCUCGGCGCCUAUCAGCCAGACGGACUCAGCUUCCUGCUGUUUGUGGCUGUGCUGCCGCUCUUUGUUGCUGUGCUCACCGUUCCACUGCUGAACCACGUCCCUUAUGUUGAGCAAGCUGAAAUCACGCACGACCAUUGGUAUCUCUCCACAGGGGGCCGCUUUCUGGCAACCUACGCCGUUGCAGGCGCCAUAGUAGUCUACCAGCUCAUAACAGCCUCCGUCUCGGAGGUGUACCCUUACAGCAUGUCCCAGCAGAGAGGCAUCAUGAUCGGCGUGAUCCUACUACUGUUUCUCGUGCUGCUGACGCCUUUGGGAUCUGGGGGCUUGACGAGCCGGCCUGCACCUCUGCCAGCUUUUGAGAACAGCGAGCGGAGAGAGGAGGGUGGGGAGGACGUGGAGAGUGCACAGCUGCUGGGGAACAGGGAGGGGAAGCAGGAGGGGCCCUCCAGGAGGGGACCCUCGGCAGAGCAGCGCUACCCCUCAAGCACCAACCUGCAGCCAGCAGAGGGAGAGGGCAUGCCAGAGUACACGCUGCCCCAGUGCCUGGUGAGCCUGAACUACUGGAUGCUGUGGAGCGCGCUGAUGGUCGGCAUGGGGGCUGGCUUCACGAUGCUGAACAACCUGGGCCAGAUGGUGGAGGCGCUGGGGGGCAGGCGCGAGGGGCAGGGAAUCUACGUGCUGCUUUUCACCACGCUCAACACCGUCGGCCGCAUGGUCGGCGGCUACGUCCCUGAGAGGCUGCUGCAUGCGCGCGGCACCCCCAGGACGAUAUUUGCGGUGGUGGCAUCGCUGAUGACAUGCGUGGCGGCACUGCUCAGCGCCUUCACAAGCCUGCGCUGGCUGCUGGCAUGUGCCAUGAUGCUGGGCUUUGUCUUCGGCUGGCACUGGAGCCUCAUGCCGGUGCUCACCUCCGAGUUGUUCGGUCUGCACCACUUUGCCUCAAACCAUGCUGUCAUGCAUCUGGCGCCGACCGUGGGCGGCUUUCUGUGCUCGGCAAUGCUGGCCGGCAAUGUCUAUGAUAUCCGUGGAACUGCCCAUGACGAUCCUUAUGGCACCUGCUAUGGAUCUGACUGCUACAGGUUGAGCUUCCUUGUCAUUUCAGGGAUGGCUGCCCUGCAAUCAGUUGCAUCAUACUGGCUGUACGUCAGGACUCGCGAGGUGUACAAUGAGGAGUUCAAGAGGCUGCGCAGGUUUGAGCAAGAAGUACUUGGGAGCACAGAAACCUAAUGCAACCCGGUGCUGAGUGCUAUCAGUAAGGGUGGCCUUUUAAACGUUUGUGACCGGAGGCUAUUCAAUGUAAAAUGAAUGUAUCAUAGGUGAGGCUCCACUGGCAGUGAAUCACUGCAUAGAUUUGUUGCAGCAAAUUAUGCUGUGGUCUCCUCAUGAUCUGGAUGUGUCAGUCGGGUGACCUUACAACGACUAAGAUCGAUCUGAUAUCAUUUGAAUGCGCCCUUCAAAUGAGCACAAAUUUGACACACAGUUCAAUUCGAAGUGUGGCCACCCCAUAGCUUGAAAGGCAUUGCGGACAAAUUGGUGCAGGGAUUUAAAAAUACAUGUGUAAUUUGGUAUUCUCUUUUGU